GUUUGUUGUUAAUUAGUGUUUAAUUAUAAUUAGUGUUCUGUCCACAUGACGACAACAGCAAAAAUACCUCCAAUUACCAUGAGCAAGUUAUAUGUGGGCAAUUUACCAACUGAAACCAGUGAAAAUGCUCUUCGGCAACUGUUUCUGGAACAGAACUUGUCUUGUACAAGUAUUUUAGUAAAACGUGGAGGUUAUGCCUUCGUUGACUGUCCAGAUCAGUCGUCUGCUGAUAGGGCUAUUGAUAAAUUAAAUGGGUUUAAUUUUAACGGAUCCCCUUUAGUGGUUGAACCGUCGGUGGCGUCUGGAAAAAAGAAGUCUCAUCCAGGUUAUCCAGAUACUCCUCCGAUGCAGGUGGGCAAUGGAUGGAUUCAAACACCAAAAAUAAUAAUAUCAAAUUUGGGUCCACAUGUAAGGUUCGAGGACAUCGAACAUCUGCUGAACCAGCAUGGGCGCGUCGUGUCGUGCGAUAAGCUCACCUCCAAAGACCCAAGCACACAGACGGUUGCCGUUACUUACGAGACCACGGAGCAGGCCCAACAAGCCGUAAAUCAGCUCAAUGGAGUUGACGUAGAGGGCAAAUCGCUUAAAGUGGAACUGGCCGUGGAAAAACGCGGGAGAAGGGGCCCGCGGGGUCCGGGAGCCCCCUUUGGGGGUUUACCCGGACAGAGCAGGCAAACAGACUUCCCCUUGCGGAUACUUGUACAAAGUGAUAUGGUAGGAGCUAUAAUUGGUAGACAGGGUUCAACGAUAAGGCAGAUAACACAACAGACCAGAGCGCGAGUCGACGUACACAGGAAAGACAACGUGGGCUCGUUAGAGAAAGCCAUCACGAUCUACGGCAACCCGGAGAACUGCACCAACGCCUGCAAGCGGAUCCUGGAGGUUAUGCAGCAAGAGGCUAACAAUACGAACAAGGGAGAGAUUUCGUUAAAAAUCCUGGCCCACAACAACCUCAUAGGCAGAAUAAUAGGCAAGGGCGGCAACACGAUCAAGAGAAUAAUGCAGGAGACCGAAACGAAGAUCACGGUCUCGAGCAUAAACGACAUAAACUCCUUCAACCUGGAGCGGAUCAUCACGGUGAAAGGUUCGAUAGAGAACAUGAGCCGGGCGGAGGCUCAGAUCAGCGCUAAGCUGAGGCAGAGCUACGAGAACGACCUGCAGGCCAUGGCGCCCCAGACGAUGAUGUUCCCCGGACUCCAUCCGAUGGCUAUGAUGGCCACCGCAGGAAUAGGCUACGGAUCUAGGGGGCUGUACUCGGGUCAAGCGCCAUAUCCGGGAAUGUAUCCCGCUGGGCCUUCGCAGGGCGGAGGCGACACCCAAGAGACUACCUACCUGUACAUACCGAACAACGCUGUGGGGGCAAUCAUCGGUACCAAGGGGUCGCACAUAAGGAACAUCAUCAGAUUUUCCGGCGCCUCCGUCAAGAUAGCCCCCCUGGACGAGACCAAACCUCAGGAAACGCAAAACGAACGACGAGUUACGAUCGUCGGCUCCCCCGAGGCACAAUGGAAAGCACAAUAUUUAAUUUUCGAGAAAAUGAGAGAAGAGGGCUUCGUGGCGGGCUCGGACGACGUCCGGCUGACAGUAGAGAUCAUGGUGCCCAGCUCCCAAGUGGGCCGGAUAAUCGGGAAGGGAGGACAGAACGUCCGCGAGCUGCAGCGCGUCACGGGCAGCGUCAUCAAGCUACCGGAGCAGGGCGCGUCGCCCCAGGAGGACGAGACCACAGUUCAUAUCAUAGGACCAUUCUUCAGUGUUCAGUCGGCGCAGCGACGUAUCCGCGCCAUGGUGCUGCAGUCGGUGGUGCCGCCGCAAGGGAGACCGCGCCAGCCGAAACCCCAGAAGGACCCCAGCCUGUCUGAAGCUGCUUCGACCGAACAACAACAGUAGUACCAGCUAGCAUCGUUCACUGCCUGUGCAUGGGUUUAUGCAUACCCUAUUGUACACGAACAUCUCGAGGCCUUCCACUAGCGCAAUAUCGUCCUUCCAUUAGUCGAGCAUAAGUGUCGUUGCACGAGGAAUCAUCAUUACUUGCGGUUACGAGGAGUGCAUUUCUUUUUCGGUGAUGAUCAGUUUACCGUGCAGGAUGAUGUUUUACACCAACGAAAACCAAUUACUUUUAUGUCGGUUCAAGUUUAAUAUGUUCUUCAAUUUAAAGCGAUUAGUUGCCUUUUUAAAUGAUUAAAUGAUAGUAGUAGUUAUGUUGUUUCUUCGCAGUUUGUCGAGAAUAUUAGGAUAGUGGAAAGUUUAGAGAACGGACUGGAAUACGGUAUGUUGAACUUUGUGCCCAAUUACUACAAUCUACCUCAAGAAAUCAAAAUAUAUUAGAUUUUUAUAGCCAUAGAAAUUUCCGUUAUGUAUACAGCAACCAACCAUAGAAACCUCAGAGAUACAACUACAGUUUUUAUUAUACAUUUUUUACUUACACACUUAACGAUUUAUAAUUUUUUUACUACAAAACUACCUGAACUUAUGGACUACCAAAGAUGUAACUGAUUGUAAAAACGUGCGAACACGACUGGCGUUCAUCCUUGUAGUACAGUUAUCGUGUUCGGACGUGCGACCACUGGAUUUUGACCACUCGACUUCGGCCCACCACACAAAAACAGAUCAACCAUGCAACAAAAUUAUCGAAAAACAAAAAAGUGAAAAAAAAAACAAACACAUGAGAAAAAUCGAUCGAUCGAUCAGUCACCGUUACAAAUCUUCUGAAGAGUCCCAACAGCACUACAUCAAAAGGCGAAAAGUUCCUCUGCAGAAAGGAGCGGCGCGGGUCGCGACGGCCCGGUCCCCGCGGCCCGCGCCGCCGACUAACGUGGCUGUAAACGUUUUUUUGGGAGUGAAUGUGAAAACAAGAGCUUUAAGGAUAUUUGAUAUAUAAGUUACAGUGUAUUGUUGUGCGUGUCGCAGACUGGCGGUGAUGCGGGCGGGGGGACGCCCAGACCAAUGGGGACUGUCACAGUGAGUGGCGCCCCGCCGCGAGUGCAACGAUACCUCGGAUACAAAACAAAAAAAAAACUAUUUAAAAACGUGUGAAUGUGAGAGACAUUUUUUAACUAUUAUAUUAUUGUUAGGCGAUUGUUAAAAUAAUGUUUUGAAGAGGGGCGCCCUGCGCGCGCCGCCCCUGAGAUAUUAUUUGUUAGAAGGAGCGGGGCGGCGCGUCGCCGGUCCCGCAAGUGGUUGUUGCAGAAUUAACACAGAUGUAGGACAAGUAAGGCUCGGCCUUAUAGCGACCUGAUGCCUUGUGUCAAGGUCGGUCGUGGUCCCUGAUAGUACAAACUUGGGAGGUAUAGAUGGGCCUGUUCGCGCCCUCCGGUGCUCGGCCACCGGGUAUGUAAAAAAAAAUAUUUUUGAUAAAAAUUGUUUGUUGGGGAGGAUAUUUUUUGUUAGAUUUUUAAAAAUUUAAA